GUGAUGCAAACUUUUACUGCUGCAGAGAGACGGCUGACAACCCACAACUCUGCUGGCGCAACAGCACUGGGCUCCGUGUUACAGACCUGCAGGUGAAGGUGAUUCCCACCACAGAGGGACAGACAGUAACACUGAUAUGUAGCACCAGCUGUUCUCUGACUGAAAACCCUGUAGUCUACAUGUGGUACAAGAACAACAAGUACCUCUAUGAGGACUGGUCUCCCUGGUACCACCAGCUGGUCAGCAGUGAGGAAGCAGUCACAUACUCCUGUGCUAUCAAAGGCUACAAGCGUCUCAGAGCUCCUGAAGUCUCAGUGGAUUCUGUCACAUCGACCUGCUUUACUGUGACCUAUGCUGAAGGGAGGAUGUGUUCUGAUUGGCAGACACCCUGCUCCAUCACAUAUCCCAGAGAAGUACAAGUUCAAAGGAAUUCUACAUCACUGACCUGCACCACCAGCUGUCCUGUGACCGACCCUGAACCUGCCUAUAGGUGGUACCAGAACAGACUAAGCCUCUCUGGGCGUCAACAGUUAACAAUUACUCGCUCUGCCGAAAGCUUCUCCUGUGCUGUAAAUGGCCUCAAGCAUCUGCUGUCUGCUGAAUUCUGUGUUGAGAACAGUAACUGCUUGAGCAUGAAUUACGUCAGAAGGAGAAUCUGUGCUCUGCGAGGCUCUUCAGUGAACAUUACAAGUGAAUACACGCAUCCCCACAACCAGCAGCCAACUUCUAAAUUAUGGUUUAAAAUAAAUAAAAAUGGGAAGGAAAAACCUGUAAAGUUGGCUGAGGCUGCACCUCAUGUGAAGUUUGAUGACAACAUGAAGAAUCAGCACAUCCUGAGAAUCAAUAAGCUGGAGAAGGAUGACUCAGCAGAAUACACAUUCAGACUCAAACGACCUAAUGGAGGAUGGAAAGACUCUGACUUUUCUGGAGUAACGCUGGUUGUCACAGGCCUGACAGUGAGGGUGCAUCCUGCAGAGGUGACAGAGGGCCAAAAUGUCACUCUGACCUGCAUUACCAGCUGUCCUCUGCCUCACAACACAACCUACAUCUGGUACUUGAACAGUCGACCUUUGACUGAGCCAAGAAAGCACAACAAGACACUGAUACUCUGUUCAGUCAGCAGUCAGCAUGCAGGAAGCUACUCCUGUGCUGUUGAAGGUGGCAUUACAUCUGACCUGCAGGUGAAGGUGAUUCCCACCACAGAGGGACAGACAGUAACACUGAUAUGUAGCACCAGCUGUCCUCUGACUGAAAACCCUGCAGUCUACAUCUGGUACAAGAACAACGACUUCCUCUAUCAGGACUGGUCUCCCUGGUACCACCAGCUGGUCAGCAGUGAGAAAGCAGUCAAAUACUCCUGUGCUAUCAAAGGCUAUGAGCAUCUCAGAGCUCCUAAAGUCUCAGUGGGUGAGUGA